UCUUUCAACCGAGAAGACUAUUUUUAGUCAAAGAUAUGGCUCUCUCCGGCUUUCUAUACAGCUGAAACUUGUUUUGUGAUUUAGUUGGUUCAUUUGAUCAGAUCAGCUACUAACUGGAGGCCAUGGACUGCAUAUACAAGAACCCAGAUGCCCACAUAGAGGAUCGUAUCAAAGACCUUCUCUCUCGCAUGACCUUGAAAGAGAAAAUUGGUCAAAUGACUCAGAUUGAGCGUGAAGUUUCCACUCCCUCAGCCCUAAGAGACUUCUUCAUCGGGAGUAUACAGAGUGCACCAGGAAGUGGACCAUUUGAGAAUGCAUUGUCGUCUGAUUGGGCGGAUAUGGUUGAUGGAUUCCAGAAGUCAGCACUUGAAUCCAGGCUUGGGAUUCCGCUCAUUUAUGGGAUUGAUGCAGUUCAUGGUAACAAUAGCAUCCAUGGUGCUACCAAAUUUCCUCACAAUAUUGGCCUUGGAGCUACAAGGUUAGUUUCAAUCACUGGACCCAAAUAUUUGAAUUGCGGAUAAGACUCCACCUAUAAUGGUUCAAGUGUUAGCAAAAGGUUAAAGCAGCAAGUGCACUAAGACUUGAUGAAAUAUAUCCCUAUUUUGUUUCUUCGAGUUUUUGGUAAGGUUGUCACUGUUGCUGCUCCUUGAUUCGGAUGAAUUGCAAUC